CGGCCGGGAGCGCCACGACCGCACGGAGGCCACACCCGCGCUGCCCCGGGGAAGCCCCGGGCCGCGCGCUGGAAGCCCCUGCACGAGGUGAAGAAAUUGAGGCCCGGUGACCCACGGCAGAGCCUGGUUAUCCUAAGGAGCCUCCACCUCCCUACUCUCCUCUGAGAAUGCCAGGGCCGUCCCCGAUGUACUACCAAGAGUCCCAAGCUGCGCACGCAGCACCCUACAGCAGCAUGCCGAGGGUAACGACGUCCAUGCCGAUGCAGACCUUGUGUCCCUACUGUGGGAACUACGUCAUCACCGAGACCUCCCCGGUCCCCGGCCUCCUCGCCUGGCUGCUGUGCACUGGCCUCUUUGUGUUUGGGUGCUUCCUGGGCUGCUGCUUCCUCCCCUUCUGCGUGAGGAGCUUCAUGGACGUGAGGCACACGUGUCCCGUGUGCAAGCAGGAGCUGUUCCGGCACCACCGCCUGUGACCGUCCAGAAUAAACGAGGGACGCCCCUCGGGCCGUCAGCCUCCUCACCCGAUCUCCGCUCUGUGAAGCGCCCAGUCAGGUGGGUGAGCUCUCAGCUUGCCCUGGCACCCCCCAGGGCUGGCGGGAAGCUCAGAGCGGGCAGUUGGCUCCGGGGUCAGUCACUGGAUAAGGAGCCAAACAGCUCAGCCUCGCAGUGCUCCUAGGGUUGGAGAGGCCCAGAGGGACCUGCAGAUCGGACCCUUCCUGGGGGAAGGGGGAGUGGGAGGUGGAGCUAAACUUCACGGCACAGCCAGGCAAUUUUACAGUUCUGCUAGUACGACUAAUACUGUCCUACACAUCAUAUCCCCAACUGAGUUUCCCAGAGGCUGGGGAAGACGCAGUGGCCCCAAGUGCCGGGCUUUACUGCGAUGCUCACACCCGCCCCGGCACCCCAGGAGGACGGCACCGGCCCCGCCCGCGGCAGCAGAAGCCAGGCUGACGCUGGUCCCAAGGCGGUACCUGGACAGGAACUCGGCUGUCUACCCGAGACCGCUCCAUCAGUGAGAACAGGUGUGUGCGGAGGACGGCGCUUUCACGGGCUGUGCCGGUCUCCGGCCCGGCAGGCAUUCCUGGAAGCCUGGUUCUCAGGCAGAAGCCAACUUGCCUGCAUCCCGUCAUGCCAGCCAGGGACGGCCGAGCUCUGGGACGAUGGUGCUGGAUGCGAGGCUGCUCCCCUUCUCCUACCGCUGAGGACCAGGGAGCUGCGUGUGAGCCAAGUCUGCUGCAGGAUGGGGAGGCAGCUUCCAGCUCGAGAGCCAACUCACCGGCCUUUGAGGACUGGACCGUGGGGCCUCCGGUAAAUGAGGAACCCAGUACCCGGGACCCGAUCCAAGCGCAGCGUCUAACAGUGAGGCUGGCUCCAUAGGCUCUGAUCCCACGUCCACCAAGCAACCUGCUGACUGCGAGUCAGGUUCCCCGCAGGUCUGUGGACUGCAGGAGCGACUCAGCCCUGCGACAGCUUCCAAUCUGCCUUGCAGCUCCUCUGAGCAACGCGGUGCUGGGGGUGGCACAGCAGGGCUCCGCUUCCCAGGAAUCACCGACACACCAGCCUCGAGGUCCUGUCCAGCUGCAGCCAGCAACCUUCCUUGGCCCCCACACCCCAACCCUGGCACUGACACUGCCCAUGCCGAUGUCACAGGGCGGCUGCGAGGUUUACCAAUGAGGCCAUGCCCUAGCCCCCAACCACCACCUGCACCUCCCAGGCAGCCCCAGGUUCCUAGGGAGGCUGUGCUCCGCCCUCGGCAGGUGCGCCUGGCAGUCAGGUAAGGGAUCGGGGGCUGUGUCCGUUCAUCACAUUGCCAGGUCUGGGCUCUGCAUGACCGCAGGCUGUGGGCCCUGUUCACGGGACCCAGCACACACGCCUUUCAUGAACGCUCUGAGGCCGGCUUCUUGGCUACUGUCCCCAUGGCAAGCUUGGCCAGAGCCGAAGGCCAGGAGGCACCCACCCUGCCCCUUUAUCAGAGGAGCACCGGGAAGGGUGGAUGCCCCUGGCUCUAUCAGUGGCCACAGGGCUGCCUGGCCACACUGCCCCUCCCAGCCAGGAGUCCUUGGCUGGCAGGAGAGUCACACCCGCUGCAGGGAGGGGCCGCCCAGGCCAGCUGAGAGCAAUUUCUGCUCCCGCCCCCACCACUCUGCUCACUAGGUGAGGCCACUGUCCCCAGCGACCCUUCCCCGCACCCAUCACAACCUUGUCUCCAUUCAGGAGUGGGGCCACCCAGGCGCUCUGGGCCCUCAGGAGGGCCUGGGGAGACUGUACCUGUUUACUACUGCUCAGGGAACGUGCCUGACUGCUGCCUGGGUGCUCCAUCUGGGUCUGCCAUGCAGGUGGGGACCCAUCACUGCCGCCCACCAGGCUCCACAGGAACAGGGAGCCGGAGCCAGGAAUUGGACCCCCGCCCAGGGAGGAUGGGGCUGAACCCCACCCUGGGCACAGCUUCUCCUGAAGAGGUCAUAAAAAACUUCUCCAGCACCCUCACUAGUGGGCCAGUAACUCAACAGCUGGGAGGAGAGCGGUUAGCACAUACCCAGCCCUGGCUCCAAGUGUGGCUGUUGCCACACCAUGACACCUUCACACCCGGAGUGGGAAUCUGAAUGACCCUGUUCACCCAAGGCCUGUGCCUUUAAGAUUUAUUUGAAAAAUUUAGGUAGAGCCAGAGAGAGAAAGGUCUUCUAGGAAGGUUCACUUCCUAGAUGGCUGCAACAGUUGGAGAUGAUCUGAUUUGCAGCCAGAGCCAGGCGCUUCUUCCGGGUCUCCCGCAUGGAUGCAGGGGCCCAAGGACUUGGGCCAUCUUGUACUGCUUUGCCAGGCCAUAGCAGAGCUGGAUUGAAAGUGGGCCAGCUGGGACUCGAACCGGUGCCCAUAUGGGAUGCUGGCACUGCAGCACUGCAGGGCAGGGCUUUAAUCCACUGUGCCACAGUGCUGGCCCCAAGCUUCCACAUUUCAAACCAGACGGACUCCUUGACCCUUGCGUCCAGGGGUCAGUGAAACUACACGAGGCCUGUGUGAGUGUAGGUCUUCACGCUCCCGUUCCCGCGUCGUCUCUGAGGGGGACGGAUCAGCCGGCUCGGCCAUCCCAGCACAGUGACCCCGAGGGGCUCAGGGCUCCUGUUGUUUCACUGGGACCUUGGUAAACUGCUCUAACAUCCAUCCCAGACACCAUAAGACAGCCACCUCGGAACAAUGCUGUGGGAUGCCAGCGUUGCCCAGCCCCGCCCACUCCCCCGGACUGUCGGCUCCAGUCCGCCUGUUCCGCUUCUGAUCCAGCUCCCUGCUCAGGUGCCUGCGAAAGCAGUGGACAACCACUGAAGUGCUUGCGCCCCUGUCUCCCAUGGGGGAGACCCGAUGGAAGCCCUCUCCGUCCUCCUAACUCUGGCUUUCAGAUAUUUAAAAAAAUAAGCAAGCGUUCAGUUGUGGCAAGCAUGCACCUGUGGAAGCAUCUCUAGUUCUUAGCUGUACAAGCCACGGAGGAGGGGCUGCUGCCAGCCCAGGCGCUCACGGGUGUCCCACUGCUGUCUGGACAGCAUCAGCACACCAUAGACGGGUUAAAGGGAGCUGACCAAGAGCAGUGUUUGCUUUCAUUAGCUGUAGAACUAGAACAUCUACCCCUGUGUCCCCAAAGCCAGAGUAAAACUGCUGACACUGCAACUGGGAGCGAACAGAAAGUGCAGCACGGGAGGGACAUGCUACACAGCUGUCAGAACCAAGCAAGGGAGGAGCAGUCUCCCAGCACAGAGGUGGCGGCUGGCUCUGGCUGCUUCCCCUGGCCAUGGGGGCUCUUCCUGCAGAGCCAGAGACACCCCCCCCCCCCAAUGGCCUGUUCCUGUGCCACUGGCGCAAGGCACUUAUGAACCAGAUGGCACACACUACAGUAGGAAUAGAGACAGCAAAUCAGCCCCCGGUACCAACCAGCCUAGAGAUGGAGAAAUCCCUGCCCUGGGUGUGGGCAAAACGAGCCAGCAGGACGCUGGGCGGGCAGGAAGGCCCUGACCCAGCACAGGAAGGCUGUGUUCAAGGGCCCCACUUCUAACCCAGGUCACACCACGUGGGUCACAGCACUCGUGUGCAGGCCUCUCUGGACCCCCCUCCCCCCGCAGACCCCCUAAAACACUACUUCCAGUCAUCCCAUUUGCACAUGGGGUCCUUCCUUCCAGAGAGCAUUUUAUUUCUCAAACCCACACACGACUGCUAGUUAAGGGGGCACCAAGGCAAAACCCGACCUCCACUGCGAGGGAGAACAGCCCAGUGAGCCCUGCUCAGCGUCGUGGGUUCCACAGCCAGGCCCGGGGCGCAGAGACCCUCCUCCUACGCCACUCACUGAAUUGUACUUUUUAUAGAAAAUUUUAUUCAACAUACAACAUUUUCCAGCAAAAAGGCAAUAUACAGGAAGAGUUGGUGUACACUGCUGCUACAGGAACAAACAAAAGAUACUGGGCAAGGAUGGAGAUGCGUGUGAUCUGCUGAUCUACUGUACUGCACUCAAACUAGACACGCGGCGUCAGCUCAGAACAAAAGCAAACGAGGCUGGGACCGAGAACCACACGAAGAGCAGACACCAGUGAGGUCCCCUGCGCGCACCGGCAGAGGAGCCUCCGCCGCUGGCGAAGUGUACAUGGUCGUUCAUUAAAUAUACAAUUUCA